GGUGUCAUUCUCCCACUCACAUUCUCAACAUUGCCUUCCCUUUCUUUUUCUCCUCCUCUUCCUUCCCCUAAAAGACGCAAAAGAAGAAAAUUUUUGACAUUAAAGCUUCCAUUUUUAAUUUAAAUCACAAUUAAAGUUUCAAUUUUUUGUUGUUUUGAAUAAUAAAAGUUCAAUCUUUUUACUUACUCUUCCAUUUUAAUUGGGUAGAUAAAACAUUAUCUAUUCAUGAGCAGAUCAUUCAAAUGAUUUAUCUAGCAGAGUCCUUGAUCACAACCUUUUCUUAUUGGCAAUUGUGGUGAUUAUCUUUGUUAGCAACAUGAAUUCUUUGUGCUUUGUCACUUGCUGGUUUGGAGGUCAGAAGAUCUGUGCUACUCAUUAUCGAUGGAUAGUUAAUUUGUUUUUGGCUUUCUCAAUGGAGGCUCGUAAGCGAAUUGCAGCUGAAAUGUGGAUGCCAUUAGUAGAUACAUAGUACUAUGUGUUCUUAGGAGCUAGUUUUGUUGGAACCAUUUCAUUGCUUCUUAGUGACACUGUUAGGAUUAGGAGACUUGAAUCGCAUUAUCUGUUAUAUUGUAGAUGGAAUUUUGAUCAAUUAGAACUGAUUAGAAAAUUCUGAAUUGUAUUAAAGUAGUAAAGGCAAACUCGAGUGAGUAAGGAAGAGGAAGGAUAACUUAUUUAGCUCCAUUUGGAUUAACUCGGUAGACCAUUCUCUGCAAUUUUAGCAAUGGGGUUGCCACAAGUUUCCUCAGAUGAUAGUGCUGAGGAAGGUGAAGCUGCCUCUGUGGGUGCUUUUUUGCAAAGUCCACCACGGUUUGCAGGUGUCAGCACCUGUGAUUUAGAUGGAAUGCAGAGAGGAAGUUUGAGCCAGAGUAUUGGGGAUUCUUUGUGUUCUUCACUAGGAGAUUUUCAAAGGAAAACGUCUUUGGAGCUUUCAAAGUUCUCAGAUGAUACUAUCAGAAUUGAAGGGAAAAUGAAUGCUUCAUCCAAUGCUCGUGGACUGAAGAUUGGCUCUGCCAAUGUGGUUGGAUCUUUUGCCACUCCUAGAAGUGAACAGAAAGCCCGAAACCCUGUUUCUAGGAUUGUGGGUUUUGAAUCACAUGGAACAAGUAAGGUAGUAGAGGGAGUUUCUAGUGAUCAUGUUCAGUCUUCUGCUAUUGGUGUUAGAGUUAAUGAAACAGAGUCCAGUGGGUCAUUAGUCAGGAAACGAUUACUGUCACCAUUAAAUAGCAUGCUUUUCUCGGAUCAAUUUAACGGUGACCCUCUGGACAUUAGCUACAGCAGAACACAGAUAAACUCCUCUUCCUUAGCUCAUAAGCAUUCGGACUCUGUGUCACAAGACAAUAAGAAAGCAAAUAUUGGCAGCAAAAUGAAUUUCACUACAUCAUCCUGGUCCUUAUCUAGCUGCUUGGAACAUAGAAACAUUUCAAAUGACAAAGCUGGAACUGCAUCUAUAUUUUUCACAGAUGGUCCUUUGCUGGAAAACAAGGAACCACACCUUUCUCGUAAUUUCUUAUCCUCGCCUGGGUUUGAUCAAUUCCGAGAAUCAACUAAGGUAAGGUCUCAAAGUGGAGCAAUAACUGUAUCCCCCCAAUUGGCAACCUCACCUCCUGUUUCUUUAUCACCACUUGGUCCAAAGUUCAGUGAGAGGAUGACAGCUGCAGGAGGUUAUGGGAAUCUUAAAAGCGAUAUAGAUGAUUGUUAUUCAACCUUAAGGAAUAAAGAACAAACAGUUGAAAGGUUUGACUCUGGUAUUAUGUUUGCCCCUGAAGAAGAGGAGUUUGAGAUUACAAGCAGAUCAUUUGAAGAUAUUGGUUUCUUGCACAAAGAGUUUUGCCCUUCUUCUCUGGAAAGUGCUGCUGGAUUGAGCUGGCCUCUGUAUCAAGAAUCAGCCCCCACAUCUCCAUGUAUGAGAUUCAUCAAAGGUUUGAGUGGACUUCCUGUUAGAAGAUCCUUGGUUGGUUCAUUUGAGGAGUCCCUAUUGUCUGGAAGGUUCUUUUCUGGAAAACUCAGUCAGAGGAUUGAUGGUUUUCUAGCUGUUCUAAGCAUAACUGGUGGGACCUUCUCACCACAAGCACAGAAACUUCCAUUUUCAGUAACCAGUGUGGAUGGAGAUUGCAUUUUACUCUAUUAUGCAUCCAUAGAUCUUUCAAGGAAUUCGUUGUCAAAUAAGUGCCGGGAUCAGAAGUUGGUUAGAGGCCUUAGCAAUGAUGGAUCACAUCCUGUAAGAAGCCGGCUGCGUAUUCCUAUGAAAGGACGCAUACAAUUGGUUCUUAGCAAUCCAGAGAAAACACCUCUUCAUACUUUCCUUUGCAACUAUGAUCUGAGUGACAUGCCAGCUGGUACCAAGACAUUCUUGCGCCAGAAGGUUACCCUAGCAUCUUCUGUUCCAAAUUCUGCAGAGCUGAAACGGGGGCAGAUAAGUUCUGACAGCAAAGUCCAAGACAAGGUGAGGUCAACCUCACAGAAAAAUUCUCCUUUAUGCUAUAACAGAGAUGGAAUGGACAGUAGUGAAGUUAAAGGCAGUGAAGGCUCUGAUUUACCAGAAUCAAUACAAAUGACUGGCUGCAACAAUGACCAAUGCAAGGACUACACCUGCAUUGAUGCAUUUCACGAAACUGACCGGAAACAUUCCCAUGGUUGUGCUAAGAUCAAUGAAAAUACUAACGGUGCUGGUUCUCUGCGCUAUGCUCUUCAUCUCCGAUUUCUAUGCCCUUCCCCUAAAAAAUGUUCAAAGUCAUUUCAGAGAUGUAAAUCUGAUCCUGGGUCAGUGCCACAAAAGGUUGGCUCUGACAAGGAUGGGGAUCGGAGAUUCUAUUUAUACAAUGACUUGAGAGUGGUGUUCCCUCAACGCCAUUCAGAUGCUGAUGAGGGCAAGUUGAACGUGGAAUACCAUUAUCCAGAAGAUCCAAGAUACUUCCAUAUCAGCAACUGAAACAUCUAAUUUACAUCGCAAAAGCAUGCUUUCUUUGGCCGACUUUGUACAUAGUUAUCACAUGUUUCAUUUCAGUCAUCUCAUCUCGAAAUGGCACUAACCCUGAAUGACCUGUAUAUACCAUUACUCCCUAAUAAUUUGAUGGGUUAAAAACUGUUAAAACUGCCUUCCUGGCUUUGUUGAAAACAGUGAAUAUUUUUCCGUUCUCCGGAAAGAACUUCCAUGCAGCAAAAGAGGAAAAACUUUCUGGACUAGACAUAGGAAUUGAAGCAGAACAAAAACCUCCUCCGUGAUAGGAGUGAAAGAGAAAAGAAGGGAAACUAUAGAUAGCGGGAAAAAAGCAGUGCCUGAAAGGCCAAGUCAUCGGAGAAGUAUUUGGGCUUCCUGAGUCCACUGACCAAUCUGCCAGUUGUCCAUGCCAUGUCGGAUGAAAUGAAGCCCAAGUUCCACAAUGCUUCCAAAGGCCUGUUCACUGUCUUGGGCACUGGGUAACAGGCCGUGUCUGGUGUAAAUCAUAUCUUAGCAACAACUCUGACAAAAUGAACCAAGCUGGUCUACGUCUGGAUUUAUCAUGCAACCGUCCUUCUGAACCCCAAUUCCUUGGAGAUCAAUACCAUAACCAUAAUCUUUUUCGAUUGUACAAGCUUGCUAACAAUUUCCUUAUGAACUGAACAGAAUUAGAUGUAUUCGUAUGUUUACCCUGGAAGCAAUUCUUCUUUCUGAAAAAGUAACAAGUCGUUCUGGUUGCA